GAUGCAAGUAUCGAAGUACUUAAACGAAGAGCGAAAUCGAAAUCGAAAUCAGUGACUGGCAGGUUUGGGUAGCAAAAAAUUCACACGAACAUACUGGUAUAUGUGUCCCUUCGUUUUUUAUUUGGAGGAACUGAAUGCUAAGCAAUAAUAAAGCCAAAGCCAAAUUAAAAAAGAAUUUUGUCACAAUUUUUUGCGAACGAGUGAAGAAAUUUUAAUGCAUCGAGAGUGAGUAAAUUGUUGACCGUCUUUUAAAGUAUGAUCAGAUAAUUUUUAUUAGGGAUCCGCAGCGAUAAUGGCACAUACCCAUUUUGUAAAAUAUGUCAACUUUAAUUGAGAUUGACAAAGUUUUGGAAAUUGAAGUCUCGUCUUGAUGUGGGUCUCGUUCAGCUUUUUAUUACACGGCUUUAGGAAGUCCUUAUUGAUGUGGGUCUCAAUUAGGUUAUGCUAAAGUGUAUGGAUUUCUUUAAAUUUUGAGUGAAUUAGGCUCAGAGCUCAAAUGCUAACCUGCACGUUUCGGGUAAUUCUCUAGAUGGCUUGCAUAGACCUAGUGAUUGCAAUGCAGAUGCUUGGUAAUUUUCUAGAUGGGUAUUCGUAACCCUAAAGCCAUUUCUACCAAGGCUCAAUGAUUAGCAUACAUUUAGUAAGGAGGUCACGCUCAAAGAUUGAUUGGGGAGAAAUUAUCUAAGGAUGCAUACCAGUUCGCAAAGGAAGAGCUGGAUAUUUUGUUCAAGUGGAAACUACACCCUUAUCUUACCGAUAAUCAUCCUAUGCAAUCGGUUAAAAGGCAAAUAGUCACACCUCUGUGUACCCGGCAAGCGUAUUUUCCCUAAGAACUGCAAGGUUGACUCAAAAGUCAUGAAAGUUCAGUAGUUUCGUUACUAUGUAACUGACAAGAAGAUUUUCCCUAGCUAUUCUCAGAUUGACUCGAAAGUCAACCUGCACUUAGCAGAGGGAGAGUGACCUACCAGGAGGAAUCAUCCUAGCUGUUAAAAUGGUGAAAGCCCAAUAGUCUGACUUCUGUGUAUCUGGAAAGAGAAUUUGAACCGGAUCCGAUGUCCCGUGCCCUUGGUGUCAAACGGUAAAAAUCCAAUAGUAUUGCCCAGGUGUAUUUGAAAAAAUAAUUAUUAUUGUACUUAAUUUGACUAGACUGUACCUUAUUGUCAAACCACAAAUGCCAAAUAAUCCCACUCUGAGUACCUGGCAAGAGAAUUCUCAAAUGUUCCAUGGUAUUGUAGAUUGGGUCCGUACAUAAUGUAACCUACGAAUGCCGCCUUGAGGUGGAGGGUCUCGUACAUUUUGUGUGCAAUGGCAGCUACAAAGCAUUCAAGGACACUGAGGCAACAGCCCAGGGCUGCAUGCUACAAUGAGAGUUUGAUGGAUGAUCUCAUAGAGAAGCACCUGGGUGGAGAAAGUGGCAGGAAAAGAAAGGGAAUUGACAUUGAGAAGGAGUCAGACAUUGAAGCCAUGAUUGCGUAUUCUGUGGGCUUUCCUAUUGAUUCGCUGACUGAAGAAGAGAUUGAACAUGGUGCUGUGUCAACCUUGGGAGGAGCAGAGCAAGCCACCUAUAUUGUGGUACGGAAUCAUAUUCUUGCUAGGUGGAGAGAAAAUGUGAAUGCAUGGCUAGGCAAGCAACAUGUGAUGGAAUCCAUUAAGAAGGAGCAUAAAAGUGUUGUAGACUCUGCAUAUAAUUUUCUUUUGUUGUAUGGAUAUAUCAAUUUUGGGGUUGCCCCUGCAGUCAGGCCAGGGAUUCCAGAAAAGGUUACUAAGGCCAAUGUCUUAAUCAUAGGGGCAGGUUUGGCUGGGUUGGCUGCGGCACGCCAACUUAUGGCUUUUGGGUUUACGGUGGCUAUAGUUGAAGGCAGGAAUAGGCCAGGUGGGAGAGUGUAUACAAGGAAAUUAGAAGGAGGGGGCCAGAUGGCAGAAACAGACCUCGGGGGCAGUGUUAUUACAGGGGUCCAUGGGAAUCCUCUGGGUGUUUUGGCCAGACAGUUGUGCCUUCCACUUCACAAGAUAAGAGACCAAUGUCCUCUUUAUCAGCCCGAUGGUAGGCUUGUUGAUGCAAAGAUAGAUUCUAAGGUAGAAGAUUUGUUCAAUAAAUUGCUAGACAAGGCAAGUCAGUUGAGACAAUUGAUGGGCGACUUAGCAGUGGAUAUAUCUUUGGGUGCGUCUUUGGAGACAUUCAGGCAGGUGUAUGGUGUGGCUGGAAAGUCAGAGGAAAGACAACUUUUGAAUUGGCAUUUGGCUAACCUUGAGUAUGCAAAUGCUGGAUUGCUUUCCAAGUUAUCACUUGCAUUUUGGGAUCAGGAUGAUCCCUAUGAGAUUGGUGGUGAUCACUGUUUCCUUGCUGGAGGUAAUUACAGGCUGAUUCAGGCCAUGGCAGAGGAUGUUCCAAUUUUUUUUGAAAGAGUUGUACAUGAGAUUAGAUAUGGUAUUGAUGGUGUGCGGGUAGUAACUGCAGGCCAAGUUUUUGAAGCAGAUACAGUUCUGUGUACGGUGCCGCUUGGGGUUUUAAAAAGUGGUUCAAUAAAAUUUGUUCCAGAGCUGCCUAAGAGAAAAGUGGAAGCUAUUAAGAGAUUAGGGUUUGGACUACUGGACAAGGUUGCUAUGCUCUUUCCUUAUGUAUUCUGGGAAGCUGAUCUUGAUACAUUUGGCCAUUUGAACUAUGAAACUAGUCAGCGGGGUGAAUUCUUUUUGUUCUAUAGCUAUGCUUCUGUAUCUGGAGGGCCACUUCUGAUUGCUCUUGUAGCUGGAGAAGCUGCAAUCAACUUCGAGAGCAUGCCUGCGACAGAUGCUCUUCAUCGGGUGCUUCGAAUUCUCAGAGGUAUUUAUGGUCCAAGAGGAGUUAAUGUACCCGAUCCCAUUCAAACAGUGUGUACGAGAUGGGGAAGUGAUCCUCUGUCUUACGGUUCAUAUUCUCAUGUUGCUGUUGGAGCAUCCGGCUGUGACUAUGAUAAGCUAGGAGAAAGUGUUGGAGAUGGUCGGGUUUUCUUUGCUGGGGAGGCCACUAGUCGUAGAUACCCAGCAACUAUGCAUGGUGCAUUUUUAAGUGGUUUGCGGGAAGCAGCAAAUAUUUCUAAACAUGCUAAUAUGAAGUCAAUGACAAUGCAUACAGAAAGAAGACUUUUAAAGGACAAUGGGUCCUGUGCUGCUCUUCUUGAUGAUCUAUUUAGGGAACCUGAUCUAGAAUUUGGGAAAUUCUCCAUUCUUUUUGAUCCACUAUCAGAUGGCCCUCAAUCAAUGUCACUUUUGAGGGUUGUUGUUGAGGGACCUAGAAGCGAAGGCAUUGACAAUAUAAAAUCUGAAGACCGCACCUCAAGCAAAUUCAUUUGUCAUCAAUUUCAGUCACAGUUGAAUAGACAACUUAAAUUGUACACAUUAGUGGCACAAAAACAUGCAUUUGAAUUGAGAGAGGUAAGUGGAGGAGAUGCAACUAGACUGCGCUAUUUGUGUGAGAACGUUGGAGUAAAGCUAGUUGGAAGGAGAGGUCUAGGUGAAGUAGGAGAGUCCCUUGUGGUUUCUAUCAAGUGUGCGAGAGCUGGCCGUAGGCAUGCUUAAACUGGUUCUACUUUGUGAUUAUGAAAUGUUAUUUUUAAUGUUUGCUCAGUUGAAGGUGAAAUAGCCUUUAAAUUCUUUUGAGCAAUACAGUAAUUACUCAAAGCCGCUAUGAUAUCAACAUCAAUUCUGUAUUCUUGGAUUCUGGGCAGGUAAUAUCAUACAGAAGGGGGAUUAUAUUUUUUCAUGCAAAGUAUGGAUAAGUACUCGGUGCUUCUCAGACAUUUUGGGCCUUUGGAUUUGAAAAACUCCUCAUUUUAAAUGGUACAGUGCCAUUGAUACAUGGAGUACAUUGCGUACAGACACAAUGAUUUGGCUGGUUAUAAAUUGAUAUUCAGCUUUUGCAACCUAAUUUCUGGCCUUUAAGUGGGUGCCUUUUUUCAAAUCAGUGAAGAGGAUUGAAAUUUUUCUCACACCAGACUGCUCUGAACUAUUGGGACACUAUUUCGUUGGAAGAAGUUUGUGAGCAUAGAAAUCAGUUGAUGGUGUUCUCUGCCCAACAUGAACCAAAGUGCUGUUGUUGAAGUGCACCUUUCUGUUGACUUCUUGGCAACUGGUGAUUGGAGGUAAUGUGUGGAAUGUGUCGAAGCUGAAAUCUUUAUGCCUCUGCUAAAAUGGGAGACUUGCGACAGAGUAUGGGCAUUCAUCAAAGGAGAGAAUGUCAUUACAUAUGAAGAUGCUAAAAGAGUGGAAAAGCUGAUUUGCACAAGUCAAAAUGAAGGACAAUAGAAGACUACAUCACCAGUUAAUUUUAUUCAAAGAGGUGGUCCUGAAUUUUUUGUUCACAUGAUAAAGAGAGUAGAACCGUAGAUUGGCAUUGACUUCAGUAUCAAUCUUGGGUCUCGCAGUCGAUGCAUAUAAAUGGAUAACCCAAAAAUAUAAUUGAUUCCCUUUGUUAUUUUCAAAUGAAGUUGUUCUUUAAAGGGGAGGAGGAUACAAUUGUUAAGAGCUCUAAAUUCAAAACUAAAGAUGAUUUCAAGUUCUAAGAAACAAAGGCUACCAAGGAGGUACAAAACCACAUCAUGCCAAAGAAUCUUAUUAAA